CAGUCCAACCGGGCGACCAGAGAGCGCGACGCUUUUUCCCUUCCCAGGCGCUGCUUGCCGUCGCGGAGGCUAAACGACGGACCGUACGGGGCCGAAACGGGCCUUCGGGCGCCAUGGCUAUCCUGCGCUCCCUCAAGCACCUGCUCAGAGACAAAUUGGCCUCCUUUCUUCGCGGGAUCGCCAUGCCGACCUCCACAGUAAUCCCUGAAGCCUCCUCUCCCGCCAGGCUGAGGAUUCCCGGCGCCGACCAGCCCUGCCAGAGUCUGCGCUUCGUCAAGCUGACCGAAAACGCCUAUGUGCCUUCUAAAGGAUCUUCCCGCGCGGCGGGCUACGAUUUAUACAGUGCAUAUGAAUGUGAGAUCCCUGCUUUAGGGAAGGCGGUAGUGAAAACGGAUAUUCAGAUUGCCCUUCCUACUGGUUGCUAUGGUCGAGUAGCUCCUCGGUCUGGAUUAGCUGUAAAUCAUUUCAUUGAUGUUGGUGCUGGGGUAAUUGAUGAGGACUACAGAGGAAACAUUGGUGUUGUAUUGUUUAACUUUGGAAAGGAGCCAUUUAAAGUUAAAAAAGGUGACAGGAUUGCUCAACUAAUCUGUGAGCGUGUCUACUAUCCGGUUCUUGAAGAAGUCAAGGUUUUGGAUGAAACAGAACGUGGUUCAGAUGGCUUUGGAUCAACUGGGCAGAAAUAAAGAGCUCUUUCAUAUAUUUUUGUACACCUUUUAAAAAUGUAAAUAAACUUUGAUAGAAAAA